GAGGAGGCAAGUCCUUUCCUGGUGUAGGCGACGAGACGCGACGAGACGAGACGCGACUGCACUCUCCUCUCCCUCCCCCGCACCAAUCGCCUCCAGUCCAGCAGCUACAGCUAGAGCAAUAAGCGUCACUCGGGAUGCCCGAGGCAGACCUGGCAGCAGAGAUGGGUGAGACAGUUGUGGCAAAUGGAGGGGCAUCCACUGAUGUUGUUGCUUCUGAUAACGCCAACAAGGAAGAGGAAGAGGAGGCUGCUGAGGGCAAGGAUCUUGCAGUAGCCAAUAAGGAUGCCCAAGAACAGAAUAAAGCCUCAGAAAAUGGCACCAAGGCCCCGUCUGAUGAAGAUGCCAAGAUCACUGAGGCUGAGGAUGCAAAGAAAGAUGAUGCUGCUGCAAAGCAGGCAGGUAUAGAGGAUGUCAAAUCGGGUGGUCUGGAUGACGUGGACACUAAUGGAGGUAACAACACCGAGGCAGCCCAACACGAGGAUCCCAAAACAGGUGGCGUUGAGGUUGCAGAUGCUAAGCAAGAUGACAAUGCCAAGGCAGCACAACACGAGGAUUCCAAAACAGCAGCUGUUGGGGAUGGGGAUGCAGAUGCAAAGGAAGAUGACAACGCCAAGGCUGCACCACACGAGGGCCCCAAAACAGGCGCUGCUGAGGUUGCAGAUGCAAAGGAAGAUGACAACGCCAAGGCUGCACCACACGAGGGCCCCAAAACAGACGCUGCUGAGGUUGCAGAUGCAAAGGAAGAUGACAACGCCAAGGCAGCACAACACGGGGAUUCGAAAACAGGCGCUGCGGAGGAUGCAGAUGCAAAGGAAGGUGGCAAUGCCAAGGCAGCAGAACAUGGGGUUUCCAAAACAGUUGAUGUCGAGGAUGCACAUGCAAAGGAAGGUGGCAACGCCAAGGCAGCAGACCAUGGGGAUUUCAAAAUAGUUGAUGUCGAGGAUGCAGAUGCAAAGGAAGCACAACACAAGGAUCCAAAAACAAGCGGUGUGGAGGAUUCAGAUGCCAAGGAAGAUGAUGGUGCAAAGGCACCAGAAUGCAAUGAUGUCAAAAUGAAUGUUGUGGAGGAUGUAGAUGUAAAGGAAGAUAAUAAUGCCAAGGCAGCAGAACAUGAGGAUGCCAAAAUGGGUGGCAUAGAUGAUGCAAAUGCAAAAGAUGAUAACGGCAGUAAAGCAGCAGAACACGAGGAUGUCCAAAUGGGUGGCGUGGAUGCAAAGGAAGGUAGUGAUGCCAAGGCAGCAGAACAAGCUGAUGCCAAAAUGGGUGACGACCUGGAGGAGGCGGAUGCAAAGGAAGAUAACGGCACAAAGGCAGCAGAACAUGAGGAUGUCAAAAUGGGCACAGCAGAGGAUGCUGAUGUAAUAGAAGAUAACACCAUCAAGGUAGCAGAAUGUGAAGAUGUGAAGAUGGCUGAGGCUGAGACCAAGACAGGAGAUGCAGCGGUUGAAGAUGAAGGGAUUAAGGAAGACAAAGGUGAGAAUACAGAGGACAAGAAGGAACUGGAAAAUGCUGAACAAGGUGGUUCUGACAAGCAGGAUGAAUUGAGUGAGCAAGGAAAGAAUGGUUCAGCUGAGCAGGAGGAAAAGAAAGCAGAAGAAAUGAGUGAUGAAGAUAAUCAAGGGGAAGAGGAUGCAGAAGAAAAGGGCUCUUCGGAUAAGAUAGAUGGAGGGGAUGGGAAGACAAAUGUGAAUGAAGAAAAACUAGAAAAAGGUGUAAAGGAGCGAAGAAAAGGUGGCAAAGUAACAGAAGAGGAGGUCAGUGAGGCAGACAAGAAUGUAGAAGAGAAUAAGGAGGAGACACCUAAGAACAAAAAGGCAAGAAGUGCUAGGGAUAGAAGCCAGGGAAAGGAUAAGAAACAGGAUGGGUCCAAAUCCAGGGAAGCCAAAAGUUUACAAAACACCCCCACCCCUUAUUGUACUGAUCGUCCUCAACGUGAGAGGAAAAUAGUGGAGAGGUUGGUUGAAGUGAUUGAUAAGGAGCCAAACAGGAACUUCGUUGUUGAGAAGGGUCGUGGUACUCCUUUGAAAGAUAUACCAAGUGUGGCACAGAGGUUAUCAAAGAAGAAACCUACCGAUCUUAAAUUUCUUCACCAUCUUCUUUUUGGGAGGAAAGGCAAGACUGUUGAUUUUAAAGGUCAUAUACUUCAAUUCUCUGGAUUUGUGUGGCAUGAGAGCGAUGAAAAGCAGAGAGCCAAGGCAAAGGAGAAGCUUGACAGGUGUAUGAAAGACAUGUUGGUGGAACUCUGUUCGCUGCUUGCUAUUCCGGUUCCCAAAACAAACAUUCGAAAGGAAGAUAUUGUGGCAAAGCUGUUGGACUUCAUUGCGGAACCUCAUGCUUUGUCUGAUUCUGUCUUGUCUGAUGACCAGGGGUCUAACUCUAGGAAACGCAAGAGAGCAGGCGAUAGUUCAAGCAAGACUCUGGAUGCCACUCCCAAGAGGUCUAAGAAGAAAUUUGGUGAUGAUGCUCCAAGUAAAAGGCGAAAGCAAGCUCUGGAGUAUGAUAGUGAUGAAGAUAUGGAGGAUGAAGACCAACCUAUGAAGUCUGAUAGUGAGGAAGACGCAGAUGAAGCUCCUGAUGAACAGGAAGAUGGCUACGAAUCUGUGGAAGAGAAGGCCAGUAGGAAGUCCUCAGAAAUAAAAGAUUCUUCAGGUAAAAAGAAGGCUGCUGCAGGGAGCAGCACCCAUAAGACAGGUCCUCCAAAGACAACAAGCAAGAGUGCAGGCAAAACAUCACCAUCAAAAGUUUCCAAGGAAAAGGAAAGCCCUGACGAGAGUGCAAAGGUCUUCUCUAGGAAGAAGAAACCCGUCAUAUCAAAACGCACUCCAAGCUCAGAAAAGGAGAUAGAAGAAAAGAAGUCAUCAGGUAAAGACGCGACGAAGGGCAAAGGAGAAGCAGCUGAAGGAGGUCUGCCCAGUAAGGCUGAGCUGAAAAAGACCAUAAUUGGAAUCCUUAAAAUCGACUUCAACACGUCUACUUUCAGCGACAUUCUUAAGAAGCUUGAUGACCAUUACAAGAUUGAUCUGGAGCCAAGAAAAGGAGCUAUUAAAAUUAUGAUUCAAGAAGAGCUAACCAAGUUAUCGGAGGCAGAUAAUGAUGAAGAUGAAGAGGAAGAUGUGGAAACAAAACAGCCACGGCGUCGAGCGAAGGUCACCGCUUGAAGGAUUGUGAAACACCGUAGCAGUAGUGCGCACCACUGUUAAUUAUUUUGUACUUAGCAUGCCUACCUCACUCUUUUGCCUUGAUGGGCACUUGGGCAGCCCUAUUAAUUGUGGUUACUCCCUGUUCGCAAAGACUAAAACCCUAUCCUUGUUUGUGUGCUAAAACAUAACCUGUUGGCAGCUCCACACCUGGAGCUGACUAAUGGGUGACAAUUGUAGGUAACUUCUGUCUCUAGAUUUGCAUAUGGUAUCCAAAACUCUGCAAUGGCUGUGGCAGAGCAUGUAAUGGAUAGUUGGUCAUAGGUUUAAACAGCAUAUGGAUGGAUUAGAUUAUCAUUAUAUGUAUUUCUAUGAUUUGUUUUUUGUUCUUUA